AUGCUAGCCUACGGAACUGCAGCUGAUUCAGUUGAUGAGUACAUAAAAAUAGCCCAGUCAACUACAAGAGAAAGUCUUGUUCACUUCGUUAAAGGGGUUCGACUAGCAUUCACAGAAGAGUACUUGAGGAGGCCAACUGCUACAGAUUCGCAGCGCCUCCUACAUGAUGGGGAAAGACGGGGCUUCCCAGGCAUGAUGGGCAAAGCAGUUGCCUCUGGUGACUUGUGGAUAUGGCACGCAUUUUUGGGAACACCUGGAACUUGCAAUGACAUCAACGUGUUGCAACGAUCUCCGGUGUUUGAUGAUAUAUAUCAAGGUAAAGUUCCUGAAGUGAACUUUACAGUCAAUGGGAAUACAUAUACCAAAGGGUACUAUCUAAAUGAUGGGAUAUACCCUAAGUGGCCAGUGUUCAUCCCAGCUAUUCGACUGCCAAUGAAUCCCGUGGAUGAGUUAUUCACUCAGCGCAAAGAAUCGGUCCGAAAAGUUGUGGAGCGUGCCUUUGGAGUUCUUCAAUCAUGUUUCGCAAUAAUACAAAGACCAACUCUUAAUACUUCACAACAUUCCUCACCCGGCACACUGUGUCCAACAUCUCCACAAGUAGAUCCAUAUCCCACAACUCCCAGAGGUGACUGGAGUAGCACCAGAAUGCCGUUUGAGAACCAAUAUCCAACACAAUCACUCGGUGAAGAUGAAGAUGAAGAUGAAGAUGAAGUUCAAGUUCAAAACACUUAA